AUGCAUGAACCAACUGUUAGUACAGAAUAUGGGGUCAGCCUUCCAGAGUGGUGGCGUUCAAGAAGCAAUUUGGAUCAUGCAUCAGUGAUGAUCGAGGCCUUGCCGGGAGACUUUCCGCAUAAUAUGCCAUCCAAGGUUAUCUUGCCCAAUAUUGCUCACGAUGCGGCUCACGAUCCAGUAAAGGGUCAGGAUUGGGAAGGGUGGAACCACGAGCAAGCGGAAGGUGGAAGCCCGGGAACGUGCGAGUACAGCCGGCAGCCACUGAGGGUGUUAGUCAGAAAACGACAAGCACCUUCCACCCACCUUCCGCCCAUAUAUGUGAAACGAAUCCGACCUGUUACCAAUGUCGUUCCAGAACAGUUCACCGGCCACUCAACCAUCCCGGGGGCCUUGCAGACGAGUCGCAUUGGAUUGCCGGUAGAAACGAUGCUCCCUCGUCUACGAGCCGGCGAACCAGUGGACAUGAUUCCGUCCGAAGAGGCUGUGGCAAAGAAGGGCAUCUAUCCCUUGAUAGAUCGAGGGUUUGUUCCACAUGAUGCAGAUUACUCUAGAUUUUUAUCGCCAGACCAUCCAGAACGAGUGGGGGUAAUAUGGAAUAAACCAUCGGUGAAUGGGAGUAACGGCAGCGUGCGACCGUUUCUCAGACAUGUACAAGCCAAGAUCCACGAUUUCACUAUGCGAUUUGAACAGCCAGAUACAGUAAUUCGUCUAACCGGCCUGUAUGAACCUGCACUGAGACUUGCGUCAGCUGCAGAGAGAAUGAAAUCUGUAAAUGAUGAGAUGUGUCGUGUGGUGGAUCGGAAGCGCUCCAAGGAUAAACAAACGAUCAGCACGAAGGCACCCGUAAAGAAUUGGAACAUGGUUCGACCUUCGCUUAGACCCCGUCCAUCUAUUACGUUUCUUCCACCCUCUCUACCCCCAGCUGCCAACCAUCAUGAGGUGCGCCCAUCACCGCUGACCCCAGCGCCUUCGUUCGUGCUAGGUGAGCAGAUCUCCGCAUCGUCGUCGGAUGUGAACCUCUUCACCGCCGACGAGAUUAGAGCGGAAACGAUCAAUGUCAUCCGGGCAUCACGAGAGGGCGCGAUCAUAGUCACCACUGGUGGAGAGGUUCAAGUCCAGGCACGGGGGUUUCUAGAGUUUCAAAAGAACGUCGGGGAAGAUGGUUGGGGGGCUGUAGAGUGGGUUUUGAGGAAAUUUGAGAAGUUGAUGACAGAAUAUGCAGUUCCCUACGCAGAAAUUAUGAGCAAGCCUCUUCUUUCUUUGGCUGCCUGCCCAGUCAGGUCUCAUUUCACCAGUGAAGAACUUUUGGCCUGUAUUGUCAAUGCCACAGAGGUUUACCGUAUUAUUAAAACAGAAGGACAGCGGUAUCGAGGAUCUAAUGGGCGAGAAGCUGCGGCCCGUAAAAUUCAGGCCACCUUUCGGAUGUGGAUUAUGCGCCGCAUACAAAUGUGGUAUCGUGACCGUGUAUGGGCUGCAAACAUAUUUGUCAAGUAUUGGAAGAGGAGGAAGAUGCGAUUUUCUUUUAGACGCAUGGUUGAGACCCAGUAUCACACAGUACAUGUCAAGCGCCACCAACGACUCCUAGCUACAUAUAAACGGGACAUUGCGACCAUCAUGGCUCACAAACGAAUUAUCAUUCAGCUCGUGCCAUCGAAGCAGCUCGGCGAGCUGCAAGAUCCUGGUCCCGAAAUUCAAAUCGGAAGAGCGAUUAUGCUUGGAAACCCGGAUGUUGAAACCAUAUUCGUCACACCGUAUGUUGAUGAGGACAGAAUCAACUAUUUCAAGCAAGUAUUGGCGACAGGCUUCCCAGAACGCAACCCAGUCGACGAGAACCGUAUUAGAUUUGUCGUACCUGAAGCGGCAAGAUGCUUCCCGAACACAGCACCUCUGGCUUCAAUGCUGUUAGCUAGUAAGAGGGCACUGAACAAGUUGCGAAACAUGUGCCAGGGUAGGAAUGCCGUGUUGCUGUGUGACGCUAUUGGUAAAUCGGAAGUCACAUUGAGUUCGACACUUUCCGUUCCAUUAUUUGGUCCAACGCCCAGCGCCUACAGCCGCUACCUAAGCACUCGCUCGAGAUCUCGAGAAUAUCUGCGAAGUGCAGGGUUACCAGUUGCACCUGCUUUGAAGUCUCACACAGCAGAUGAACACGAACUGUGUCUCCAAUUGGUUAAAGCGAUCUCUAUGCAUGCUGAUGUCCCCUUAUGGUGUCUAUUCGGAGAUCCAGUGAUGAACAAAGUGGAAGAAUCUGAGCUCGAAGGGCCUGAGGCGUGCCUAGACCCGUCGAACCUAACAUUUGUCAAAAACCUUUAUGAACCAUUACCGCCGUCCAUCCAUAAACCUCCCCUCGCUUUCUCUCGUCCGAUCAGUGGUAAGGCUCCUCCAACACCUGCUACAGCAGCAAUUCUCGCUUCGGCCGCCCAUCUCCGUCCUACGACAGCCCCACCAGUACCCCAUGUCAACAACCGCCCAGCGACCCCUCGUCGUGGAAUGAUUGCCGCGCAUCUCUCCCUUGCACGGCGCGAGAUACCCUUACAUACUCGAGUUCUGAGUUCUGGUUCGACAUGGAGUGAGUUCAUCUGUCGGUGGAUGAAGCAUGGAGGAAUAGUGCAUGCGUUUCCCUCCAGAGAUCCUCGAGAAGUGAAAAUGAUUGAGAUCGGAAUUGUAGUGGAUUUUGAAGGGAAAUACGACAUAUUGAUAAUGGCGGACGUGCUCUUGCACCAUGCCAACCUUUCACCUACUGCUCUCAUUGUUCCUUAUACCAGCGACACUCAAAGACAACAAGACCUCGCACCGAUGCUGGCCAAGAUAGCCAGCAAAUGUGCAUCAGAUGGAAUAGCGGGACCUCUUUCCGUCCAAUUUUUGACAUGGAUAGAUCCAUCUACGGGGGAUCGGAAAUAUUGGGCAACCCAAAUUCGCCCAUUUACGUCACCCACACUCCUCCGGGCCGCUACAGUCCUUCUCGCAACCGGCUGUAAACCAGAUUCCCGUGGUUGGAAAGUAACUCUGCCGAAAACCGAGAUACCCUUUCAAGUCAGAUAUGCAAGGAGCGUGCGGUUCCUUGAUCAGGCGCAGCUCCGAUCAUCCUUCCAAACUAAACAGAUGCGAGGAAUGUCGCCUAAUGAACCCCGGGUUGCAUUGUACAUAUACGGGUUGGAACACGGGCAGGUUGCGACGAUGACGCGGGCCGCCGCGGUCGCAACGGCGUUGAACAACGGCCUUCGCUACGAUUUCCUGACGAGAACUGGGAUGCUUUAUCCGGAGCAGGAUGCGACCUGGGGUGGAAUUUUGCCAUUCAUAUCGAUUGCGCACAGCUACGAGUCCCUGCUGGAAACUACACUUCUAAACUUACUCCAUCUCAAUCGGCUUCUUGAUGAAUGCGCUAGCGAAAGUGGGGCGAGGUAUCGCAACAACUUCAUGGCGGUGGCGGUGCGGUUAUUGUAUGAGCUACUCGCUUACAGGCCCAUGCACAUUAAGACGAGCGACCAGAUAACCGGAUGUGUUCCUGUUGCGGUUCAAGCAGCGUUUAAGCAUCUUGGUCUAACUCUUCCAGGAGUGGGCAACCGGAGAUCAGUCGCCAGACACUCGACACCCCCAACACCCGAUAUCCGGCAUUCCAGAUGUGUGGCAUCCAAUUUCAGUGAAGACGACCAGACAUCCUCGGAACCAGAAUCAGACGUUGAAGAACCUUUGGACCCUAUUUACAACUCCCCAAGUACCACACGGCCAUUCCUGGUUCAAUCAGCUGCGCCAACGACGUCCUCCGAUCUUGAAGUCCUGCUAUCAUAUUUCAUGACCGUCCCAAUCUUCACGUCUCGUCCCUCCACAGUAUCAUCGGCGCGAUCGCGUUCACGUACAGCUAAACCAAAAAAGUCACGGCGACGACGACGUGCUUUCAGCCCCACAACGGCAGCACUUCUUGCGGAAGAAAUUCCAUCAAAUAUGGCAGCCAAACAUGAUAACACUUUUCAGAAGCCAUUAAUAAGCCCGCCGUUCUCUCGACGCGCAUCUGCACAGAGAGCAAAAGCCAUGGAAGGACGGUCGAAGCGAGCGAGGCUUAUGCUGGAAAAGAUAGAGAAAGAGAUGGAGACACUGUAUGGACCAAAUUACUUUGCUCAAGAUAUCUCCAAUCUUUCGUCACAGAGAUCACAGAAAAAAGCCGGCAAGGUCGUCGCAAAGACUGGGUUGCACUCAAGGAGGGCAUCUGAAUCAUCUCGAGUUGAACGAACCCGAGCGACGACUCAGAUCACACCUGCAAUGGAUGAAGACAAUGAGUCCUCUGAAUCUGACGAAGAUACUCAUGAGGGGACACAUUCAUCUGUGAGAGAAUCGAACGUGAAGAAGAUAGGGAGACGACAAAGUUUGACUGUCCAGUCAAAAGAAGAUGUCAGUGUAGAUAUGGAAACGGUGCUGAUGAAGCUGCAAGACCUGGCGGAGCGUGGAGAACGCAUCACGGCAAUCAUCGAAGAACGCACCAAACAAAGCCAGAAGAAGCUUGAGGAAAGCCAUAGAAAGCACUUAGAGAUGUUAGAGCAGAAACGAAGCGAGGAGGAAGCGAGAGCUGCCCAAAAAGCAUUGCUGGAAAAGGAAGCGGAGUUGGCGGCAACAAGGGGAAGAUUUGUGAUUGACGCAGGGACAGGACAGAAGAUUGAAGGCAAGCCGGGUUCACCUUUACGGCCGGCAAGAAGUGUACCUAUUCUUGCGAAUCACUCAAUCGAUGCUGAGUCGAGAGCUGGGGACAAGGUACCACUCGCCACAGCUGCUUCAAAUCAAAAACAGGAACCAAACAAGAUAGCAACGCGGCGAAUAUCGGAUCUUGUUACAGAUGUAAUGGGAGAAAUGUUUGCACGAGAGCGUCGUACCUCGGUCGUUCAGAGGGUCCGGGUGCCCCGUACUUCCGGUGACAAACAAUCUGGUAGCUGA